GGCGGCGGCAGCGGCGGCGAGCGGGCGCCCUCCGAGUCCGAGUCGCUGAGGAGCACCACGGUGUCGUCCAUCCCGGCGGCGGGUGGCGGCUCCGCCCCGGGCGUGGAGCCCCGGCAGGCGCGGGGGGGCGACGGAAGUGCGGGCGGGCGCGGUGCCGGGGCGGGGCGCGGAGCCGGCCCCGCCAUGGCGGUGUCCCCGUACGUGCAGGCCAUGCAGGAGCUGUUCCGCGCCAACACGCGGAGCCGCGAGUUCCCCGCGCACGGCGCCAAGGUGCACUCGGUGGCCUGGAGCUGCUGCGGCCGCCGCCUCGCCUCCGGCUCCUUCGACAAGACCGCCAGCGUCUUCCUGCUGGAGAAGGACCGGCUGGUGAAGGAGAACAACUACCGGGGCCACGGGGACAGUGUGGAUCAGCUCUGCUGGCACCCCAGCAACCCUGACCUCUUCGUCACAGCGUCCGGGGACAAAACUAUCCGCAUCUGGGACGUCCGCACCACCAAGUGCAUCGCCACUGUCAACACCAAAGGUGAGAACAUCAACAUCUGCUGGAGCCCCGAUGGACAGACCAUCGCCGUGGGGAACAAGGAUGACGUGGUCACCUUCAUUGAUGCCAAGACUCAUCGCUCCAAGGCUGAGGAACAGUUCAAGUUUGAGGUGAACGAGAUCUCCUGGAACAAUGACAACAACAUGUUCUUCCUCACCAACGGGAAUGGCUGCAUCAACAUCCUCAGCUACCCAGAGCUGAAACCCAUCCAGUCCAUCAAUGCCCAUCCUUCCAACUGCAUCUGUAUCAAGUUUGAUCCUAUGGGGAAGUAUUUUGCCACUGGCAGUGCUGAUGCCUUAGUCAGCCUUUGGGAUGUGGAUGAGCUGGUAUGUGUGAGGUGCUUCUCCAGGCUCGACUGGCCUGUGCGGACACUGAGCUUUAGCCAUGAUGGGAAGAUGCUGGCGUCAGCAUCAGAAGAUCACUUCAUUGACAUUGCCGAAGUGGAGACAGGAGAGAAGCUCUGGGAGGUGCAGUGUGAGUCCCCUACCUUCACAGUGGCCUGGCACCCGAAGAGGCCACUGCUGGCCUUCGCCUGUGACGAUAAAGAUGGCAAAUAUGACAGCAGCCGGGAGGCUGGCACCGUCAAGCUCUUCGGGCUCCCCAAUGACUCCUGAUGAAGCUGCACCUGGGGAUGCAACACCUGCCUGCUCUUGGGACUGGGAGCUUAAUGUAGGCAGGGCAAGGAGUUGGCUCCCCUCCUGGGCAGCCUGGCAGGGCUGUGACCUCGGGCUCAGUUUGGUGCAUCCUACUCUUGGGAGCAUUUGUAAAUAGAGAGCUGUGUGCUGGGGAUGAUGGGGGUGCUGGCAGGGGCCCCUGUCUACCACCUCCUCUCUGGGGAAUGGGGAGCUUGUUCCAAAGGCAAGUGGCCAAAGAAAAUCAGUCACUGAAGGUGGCUGCUGAGGGGCCUUCCAUGAGAAGAGCUCCACUCUGACCAGUCUCCCCAGCAGGGAUAAGCUAUGUGAAUGUCCCCUUGUCCCAACAGCCUGGUGGCAAGGGCAGCCCUGGGAGCACAGCCUGCCCCUUUUCUUCCCAGACAUCCCAUGCCCCUUUCCUGUGCUGAGGCAGUGAGGGGAGGGUGAAGGGAUGUGAGUUGGGAGACGAUUCCCCAGCUGGG